GCGGAAAGUGACCGGAAAUCCACCUGGGCACUCCUGAUCCGCUGCGCUACAGGGGCGAUUCCGGUCACCAAAAGCUGUGCAGCGGAGAUGGACAAGUUAGUCCUAAAGGGAGAGAUCAGAUCCCAGGCAAAAUGCACCACACACACCGCCGCAUUGCACACCAGGGCGCUGGGAAUGGCAGUGAUUGGCAGUGAAGGCCGCAAUGGAAGAUGAUCUAUGAAGGAUCCAGAGGUCUGUUAAUGCUCCAUAGACAUCUGCACCGUCUGAGUCAUUGGUGCGCAGCGGAAUGUGGCGGCUGCGUGAGGCGCUAUGUUCAAGUUUAGGGGUUACCUGCUCUGGCUGGCAUGCUCCAUUCUCGCCCUGUCGUUCAUAAUCAAUGCCGGCCUGCCUUGGCUGCUCUCCUGCGAGGGGUCGCUCUGGUUGAAUGGGGGUGUCACUCCUUCGGGAGGCCCAUUAGGGGUUGUCCUCCCUUUCAAUGCCAAGGAACUACCACGUGUCAUUGAUGCGUUGAAAAGUUGGCCCUAUCCCUGCACCACAGGAAAGCUCCAGAAAGACUCCGUUCUGAUCCUUUAUGGGGACGCUGACCUCAGUGUCAGCUCGGAGGCGGGAAGCCGCCUGCGCAGCGAGGUGGCGCGGGUGCAGGGGGUUGGUCAGUGCUUUGGAAAUGUCGUCUACCUGACGCUGCCGCCUUAUACGGAUGGGGCCAUGAUCUAUGAUAAGCGGGAGGAGGACGGGGAGAUCGGGCGGGGCCGCAACACUCUGUUUUACACCUUUAUGCUUGAGCUGAUGUCAGCAAAUGGAUCGGAGGUGCACGGAUUGGGUCUGCGCCAUGUCCUAUGGAUGGAGCCUGAUGUGCAAGCAAGGGCCCCGGGCUGGCUGGAGCGCGUGCACCGCGAAGCCGCGCGCCCGUUGUACUGGAUCCAAGGCAGCAGCUACCGCGGCAAGUGCCUCCCCAAUGAGGCCGACGGCACCUGCAGCUGGGUCGGGCGCGACGCGCUCGGCUACAUUGGUGCGAACGCCCUCUACCACACAGCAGACCCGGACCUGCUGACCCUUCUGCACGACACCAGCCGGGGCCCAUUCGCACUUCGCCCGUUCGACCGCGCGAUCUACCAGCACCUAAGCAUGGCCUACCCGGAAUACCGGCACAGGGAUGCGAUGCACUUGUACGAGAGGGUGGAUUGGGUGCGGGACUACGGGCGGUACCCUGCGCCCGAGCGAGUUCCGGAGCACGUGAUUUUGCUGCAUCAGGAGCACCCGGUGUUGGAGGAGGUGGGGGAUAACUAUGUCGCCGAGGCGGAAAACGAUAUCGACAAGGGGUUGAAGGCGGAGGACUUUCAGGAAACGGCGUUGAACUUGCAGCAGGAGCUGCUGCAACUGCAGAGCGGAACGGCCCAGGAAGGUGACGACAGCCCCCUGAAGAACCCGCCCCGCGACCGAACCCUCACCGCCGCGCUCGCCAAGGUUGCCACGCCCCGCAAGCAGAUUUUGCUCGUUCUAGUUAGUGACGGGUACCACGACCUCCUCGCUAACUUCCUGCACUUCGCCUCUAAGCACGACCUUUCUCGCCACACUCUUGUGGCUGCGCUCGAUGUACCCUCGGUGGCGCUUCUAAAACGGCCGUCCGGGGUUACGGCCUGGGUUGACCUAACCGACCACGAGUUCCGCGGCGAGGGCGUGCCGCCGUUCGAUCCGGCGGACCCCGAGGGAAGCCUAAAGGUCCUCCGCCUGAGCCUGAUGCGCAGGUGUCUGGUGCAAGGCUAUAGGGUACUGAGCUCGGACCUCGACGUCGUGUGGCUCAGAAACCCGUUUCAGGCCGCAUACUUCUCAGACGAGUUGGAUUUUUGGAUCCAAAGCGACUCGCACACUGGGUUCGUCGAAACCACCAAGGGGGGCCUCCGGGAAGUCUUUGUGUCUGCGGGACUUUCGUACGCUGUACCCUCCGUUCGGACCAUCCGAUUCCUAGCCGCAGCACGGCACAUGGCUCGCGAACAUCCGGAGCUGAGCGAGCAGCAAAUCCUGCGGUUAUCGUUAACGGUCAACCGUUACCGGUUGCGCUGGCGCGCACUGGAGCCCGCACUGUUCCCAAACGGCUUCCUCUACUGGGAGCAAACCUUUCCGCAGUCGCUCGGGGUCCAGCCGAUCGCAGUGCACAACAACAUGGCCGAAAGCAAGGCCGCGAAAGUGUACCGGUUCCGGGAGGCCGGUUUUUGGAGCGCGGACGAGGCGCUAAGCCCGGAGGCCAUUCGCACCGGCGAGAAGAAGUACCUGGCAUACAUGGGCAUGGUGUUCGACAACGGGCUGGGGAAUAGGCGCGUGGAGCUGAGGCAGGCGCUGGCCAUCAGCGAGCUGCUGGGCCGGACGCUCAUUCUGCCGGUGCUGCACCGAGAGCACGAGGAGGACACCCCGGUCACUGUGGACUACUUCUUCGACUUCGACACGCUCACCGCCCACUUCCCGGACGUCGAGCCGCGCAGCCUGCUGGAGCGCGCGUUCCCCGACUGGCAGACGAUGCCCGUGCACGACAUCGACAUCAAGCUGGCGCUGCCGGAGAAUGUCACGGCGACGGGGCGGCCGCAGGACGUGUCGUGGGAGGAGCGGUUGCAGCGAGUGGAGGGCGAGUGGCACCCCAACGGCGCCACCCCGGCGGAAAUCCUGGGAUGGUACGGCGACCGGCAGGAGCCGCUGCUGGUCUUCUACAGCACAUUCAGGAGGUUUGGCGGCUUCGAGGACAAGAAAAAGGAUGCCGACUUUGAGGAACGAGUGUUCCAGGGCAUUGUCCCAACCAGGAAGACGAGAGAAGUCGCAGACAGCAUACACGUGGCAGUCAAAGCGGCUGCCAGGCAGGCGGCCGGGAAGGACGAGUUUAGCUGCUUGCAUGUCAGGCGAAAGUCGUUCCUGGUCGUGCACUCCGGCACCGAGAAGCCCAUGGCCGAGCUGGUCAAGCUGCUCCCGGAUCACCUCCCCCUCGACCGGGCCCUCUAUGUAACGACGGACGAUCCGUCGGAGGACAUGCGGUCGACGCUGGAAGCAGCCGGCUUCCCAAAAGUGAUGUUUAUGGGCGAUUUCUAUCCGCCGUGGCACCGUAGUUUAGUGGAAGGAACCACGGGCGCAAAAACCAUGCGGCAUGGGCAGAUAGAUCAGUUGGUGUGCGCGCAGGCGGAGACGUUUGUCGGGAACGAGUACUCGACGUUCACGUUCCACAUCGCGUGGCUGCGGGAGCGGUAUGGGAAGAAGCAGGUGUGUCGGGAUAUCUAUGGGCGCGAGAAAACGCCGGGCAUGGUUUACCAGUAGGAGCUCAGGAGAUGCAGGUAUGUGCGUUGUCUGCAUACGUGUACGAUACCUCAGUCGCAAGCCGCCAACGAGGCCCCCUCCGAGUCACAAAUUGCACCGCUAAAGUGCAAUCCAACUAGGCUGUCAGUCGCAGGGUCUAGAUCUCGCCCAGGACGGACUUGAACACCGAUCAAGAGCAGAGCGCGAACCCGGAUCAACGAAGUGAUGGCAGCCAUUAGGAGCUCUGAAGUUUAGGAGCGUAGCUAGCUAGCUAGCAAAGCCUGUCGUUGCACGUGUUUGAGGCACCAGGUCACGAGCAGCCAAGUUAAAGUGUCCGGUCGCGCUGAAAUGUAUUCAUCCAACUAAUCAUUAACUAUAGGUAUAUCACCUUUUGAAGUCCAACAGCUUUAUCCAUCAAAAUUAUACUCUUUC